GCUAUCAACAAGAGAUUUGAUUACUUUUGUUUGUUUCUUUCCUCAGUAUAAGAUAAUGGCUAACCAGACCUUGAACUUGGAAUUUCUAUGGCUACUCAACAGAGAAGAUUCUUUAGAAGUGAAUAAAAUUAUUGAUGCUAGUUCAGGUGAUAAUUCUCUGAAACCUUCUGGACCUUUGUUAAAAUUAAAAAAAGAUCUAUCUAGCUUUUGUGGGUUUCCAAUUUUUUUAAAAGAUUGUAAGAAAAGGGACAAAUUUGCUGAAUCUAACAAAUCUGAUGAGAAAAAAAGUACAAAUGAAUAUUCAUUAUUUAAUCUAGAAUUUCUUUUUCAUGUCUUUUGCUCAAUUGACCUGGAAACGAAUCCAGAAGUUGAUUUUAGACGAUUUGUAAAUCUGUUUUAUUCUUCCAAACAUGGCAAUCUUGCUUCAGAUGUAUACUUGAGAUCUACUUCUGCUCCUUUGUCUAUUGAAAAUAAGAUUUCUACUCACACUCAUGAUAUUGAUGUUAUAAAAUUUUCACUUGGUAAUUUUGUAGGACUAAAUAAAUUUUAUGAACGUUUUGAUAGUAGCAUUUCUGUUGAAAAAGAUAAAUAUAAAAUAACUCAAGUUAAGCUUUCAUUAAUACAUGAUUACAGGAAACUCAUUUUGUAUUUUUGCGUGGGCAAAAUUUGCUCCGCUAGAAAACGUAAUAAAAACACCCAUAAUUGGUAUAAAUUUGAACUGCAAUAUUCAUCUAUUUAUUCCAUUAUAAUUUCAAAAUGUGAUGGUUUAACAUUAUAUUUACGAUUGUUGCUACCACCAUUAAUGUAUUCUAUGAUCCAAGAUGAUAGUGAAGAGGAAGAUUGUCCACCUUACCAUGAAAUUGAUUGUACAACAACUUGGUUCAGAGCUGUUGAUCUCUAUGAAAAUUGUCCUUCUGAUCUGAAAAAAGAAUUCUCUAUGAAUACUGUUCUAAAACUUGAUUUACUGAGAGAAACUUAUGAUUUUAUAUUUCCGUCAGUAAUGUACUGCACAGACAUUCAACUCUUCUUUGCACCAGUCUAUGUUAUUAGGAGCACAAUUCCUCCUGUGACUUUAACAUUUUCCUUGAAUUCAAAAUGUAAUAAAAAUGAAAAGAAGCAGAAAAAAGAAGAUAAAGUAGCUGAAGAAAAGUGGAAAAAAGAAGAGUUUGAGUGUUUUUAUGCCUUACAGUGUCUUCUGAAUCACAGUUUUGAAAUAAAUGAUCAACUUGUCUGUAGACAAGAAAGUGACAUUGCAAAAUUAUUCAUGAAAGAUAAAAGGAAAGAAAAUCCUAUUGCUUUAAGUCGUGCACUCUAUCAGAUUUUUGAUUCUAUUACCAAAAGAAAUGUAAUAAUAUUUAUGGAAUCUCUACAAUAUUUGUAUGAUUGUUUUAAAAAAGAAGAACCAAAAAUGGUUCUUAAUGAUUUUUCUUCUGAGAAGCAAAGCCAUUUGCUUUUAAUUAAACGAGCUAUUCUUACACCAACUCAUGUGAUUCUGCUACCACCUCAACCAGCUUUAACAAGUCGAGCUUUAUGUGAUUGUGAAUUUGAUUAUUCUUUGAAACUAUCAAUUAAAGAUGUAAAUAUGGACUUCAUUCAUUAUUCUCUCAAACCUUAUGGAGUUGAUCCCAUGGAAUGCCAGCGAAAUUUUUUCAAUAAUCAUUACAAAAGUACUUUGCUUAAAGGAUUCAGUAUAGGUAAACGCAAAUACAAAUAUGUUGGUAGUUCAACUAGUCAGUUAAAAGGUCGUAGAUUGUGGUUUUAUGCUCAAGAUAGUAAAGGCAGGACAUCUGAUGACUUAAGAAAACAGUUUGGGUCAUUAGAAAAAAUCCGCUUCGUGCCACAAUAUAUGGCUCGUAUUGGACAAACAUUCUCCCAGUCUAUGGGACACAUUCAAGUCCCACAACAUUGGACUAAUGUAAAAAAUCCGGAUGAUGAUAUUGAAGGAGAUGCUAUCACCGAAUUUCUUAUAUUUUAUGACAAAAAAACCAGAAAACCAAAUAAUGAAGAUUUUGAAGUAGAGGACAAAGUUGAGGAAAAUCCAACUGAGAAAGUUGACCGCUAUAAUUUUUCUGAUGGUAUUGGCAGAAUAUCACCCAUGCUUGCUGAUGAGGUGUACAAAGAGCUAGAAGUACUUGAUCAGAGACCAUCAGCCAUGCAAAUCCGUUAUGCAGGCUGCAAAGGUAUGCUGGUUGUUGAUCCUACACUACAAGGGAAAGAUAUUAAAUUUCGCAAAAGUAUGAAGGAAUUUGAUUCGGAUAAUGACUCUUUGGAAAUUUUGAAAUUUAGUGAGAAACGAUCUUGUUUCCUGAAUCGUCCCUUCAUUACCAUUUUGGAGCAGUUAGGUGUAAGCAAAGAAGUAUUUCUUAAACUUCAAAAAGAAAUGAUUCAGAAGCAUAUCUUCAGUAUGUUCCAUGAAUAUGAAGCAUGUGAAUUUCUCAACAGUUAUUCUUCCCUUCGUUUUGACUUUUUGAGCAUGCACAGGGCUGGAAUUCAUUUUACUGAGGAUCCAUUUUUUCGUUCCAUGAUUUACCCUUUGUUCCAAAAGCAGAUGGAAUUGCUAGCAAAUAAAGCUAAUAUAGAAAUUCCUGUCAACAAAGGUCGAAAUAUGCUUGGAGUAGUCGAUGACACAUUUACUUUAAAUUAUGGAGAAGUUUUUGUGCAGUACAGUAAUUGGGCAACAGAUGAACCUAUUGUUGUUGAAGGUACAGUUGUUGUGACAAAGAAACCAUGCAUGCAUCCUGGCGAUGUUCGAAAAUUUCAGGCUGUUUAUGUAAAAAGUUUGUUGCACAUUAAAGAUUGCAUUGUUUUCCCUGCUAAAGGGCCACGGCCACAUCCAGAUGAGAUGGCAGGUUCUUAUUUGGAUGGUGAUGAAUAUCAUGUAAUGUGGAUGAAAGAAUUGAUUUUUGAUCGUGAUAAUUAUCCUCCUAUGCACUAUGCUAUCAAGGACAAUGCUGAAGAACUUGACAUGCCAGUAACGAUUUCAGAUGAAUUGGAUCACCUGUGUAAUUACAUAUUCAACGACAAAGUUGGUCUCAUUGCAAGUUCACAUUUAGUUUGGGCAGAUCAAAUUAAGCAAGGCAUUUUCAGUGAUUUAUGUAUUCACCUUGCCAAACAGUACUCCCUUGCCUUAGAUUUUGCCAAGUCAGGAAGGGCAGUUCCAAAACUCCCUGAAGACCGUGUGAACAAGUAUCCUGACUUUAUGCAGAAACUUGAUAGAAAGAAGACAUAUUUAUCACCUAAUGCCCUUGGUAUCCUCUUUCGCAGUUGCAAGAGAUUAGAAUUAGGCUUGGAAACUAAACAAAAUGAAAUUUGUUAUAAAUUGGACGAAGCUUUAAUACAUGAGAAAUGGGAUAAAAAGUAUAAGAAGUCAGCUUUGAGAUUUUAUAAAAAGUACUGUGAUAAAAUAGAUUAUUUUCUGAAAAUGUAUAACUUUGAAAAUGAAGGACAGUUCUUAGCUGGAGUCCUAGUCAAUCCACCAAAGUAUUAUGAAGAUAGGCAUGAUCUUAAUAAUAUCAUGGCACUUAUUAAGUUUGAAACACAGUGGAUCUUUCGAGAUUUACAGAAGAAGUUUUUCGAAGAAUUUGGUGGAAAGCCACAUGAUGAGAAGUAUACCGAUGAAAUGCUGCAGAAAGCUAGUGCAUGGUACAUGGCUGCCUACAGCAAAACGGAAAAGAAGGGUUCUCAUUUCUUUGGAUUUCCUUGGGCUGUUUCAGAUGUCUUGGUGGAACUAAAAAAGAGAAACCAGCAUUUAAAUCAAUCACCAAACACAGCUUCCAAGUCCCUCUUGGAAGAGAUUAUAGAUAAAGCAUUCUCAAAAGACUUUAAAAUCCUUGAUGCUGAUGCUGAUACAGAAGUAAUAUAUGAAAAUCGUAUACCAGUUCUAGAUGUUGCCUUUACAAUACUUAAAAAAUGGAUCAAGUCUCAUAAGGAAUAUUUUUCAGAUCCCGAUAUUGAAAAUGUUGAAAAAUACAUUGAAAAAGAAUAUAAUGUCAUAACAACGGAUAUUGUAGCUGAAGGUCCCACAUUCAUAGAGAAACUGAAAUAUGACAUGGAACUUAAACGAGCAAUUUCUCCUGCUCACAAUGUAAUUGAGACAAUUUUGCAUGUAGCCAACCUUGGUAUUCAGAAUCCUCAGAAUCAACUUUUUGAUAUUAGAGGAGAAUUGGGUUUACUGGCUUGGGUGACGCUUAUCAAAUUAGCAUGUACUUGCAACCCUCAGUACCUUGGAAUGGCAAAUGAAAAAGGUGAAUAUGCCAGUACAAUUUUCUGUAAAGACAACAUAAUUGACACAUUUAUGUUUUUCCUGUUUGAAGAAGACGAUAUUACCAACGCAAAGUUCACUAGUAAAGUGACAAGAGAAAGAGAUUCUUUCUUGAAAUUCCUAAAGCAGCAAGCAAAAUUAAAAAAUGUUGAAUGCCGUAUUAUUUAUGAUAAACAUCAAGAUACUUUCUUAAGGUUGAGUGUGCAAGGAACUAGGUAUUUCAUUGAAAGAUUAAAAGGCUUUGUUGUCAUGGAUGAGUUUAUUCAUGCUGUGAUUUCUAAUAGACCCUUUUUUUUCGUGGGCUAAAUAGAUAUUUUGAAUUUUCAAGAAAUGUGACAUUUGUAUAUGAAAUGUAUUUAUAGACAUUAAAACUAUAAAAUUCAACACAAUUUAUAUUCGAUUGCUGUAAGAGAAAAAAAUGCA